CGACAGAACGGGGUGAAAGGUAGCCGCCUGUGUUAGUGUGUCAGUGGUUUAUCAAUGGAAUAGGACGUAGAGGCAGAACUCAGAACAACGAUGAUGAUGAACGCAAACAGACUUGUCGUUGUGUCCAAAUGUGUUCAGUCCUGUAAGCGGCUGCUCGCCUGUAACGUCAGACAUGCUGGGAAAAAGAUACAGCAGGUCCAACAGCAGAGGUUGUUCAGAACUCACUGCAGACAACUGGCUUAUGCUAAGGAUUUGUUCCUGGGUUCGUUGAACAAGGAUGAGGUCUUCCCUUAUCCAGAAAUUGGAAAAGAAGAACUGGAUGAGAUCAACCAGCUUGUUGCCCCAGUGGAAAAAUUCUUCAGUGAGGAAGUUGACUCGGCGAAGAUUGACCGUGAAGCCAAAAUCCCUGAGGAGACUUUGAAGGGACUGAAAGAGCUCGGGCUGUUUGGACUCAUGGUUCCCGAGGAGUAUGGCGGUCUUGGAUUGUCCAACACCAUGUAUGCACGGCUGGCAGAGAUCACCUCAUUGGACGGCUCUAUCGCUGUGACACUGGCUGCACAUCAAGCCAUCGGACUGAAGGGGAUUCUGAUCGCAGGGACUGAAGCUCAGAAGCAGAAGUAUCUGCCCAAACUGGCCUCUGGAGAACACAUAGCAGCCUUUUGUUUGACAGAGCCUGGAAGUGGAAGCGAUGCAGCUUCCAUCCAGACCCGUGCCACCCUGUCUGAAGACGGCAAACAUUACCUGAUCAAUGGCUCCAAGAUUUGGAUUUCAAAUGGAGGGAUGGCAGAUAUAAUGACUGUGUUUGCCAGGACGGAGGUGGUCGUAGAUGGCGUUAAGGAAGAUAAGAUUUCAGCUUUUAUUGUGGAGAGAGCUUUUGGAGGCAUCACCAGUGGCAAGCCAGAGGACAAACUGGGCAUCAGGGGCUCAAAUACCUGUGAAGUGUCCUUUGACAAUGUUCCUGUGCCAGUAGAGAAUGUGAUUGGAGAAGUUGGUGGUGGAUUCAAGAUUGCCAUGAACAUCCUGAACUCGGGGAGGUUCAGUAUGGGCAGUUCAUCCGCUGGGAUGAUCAAAAAACUCAUAACGAUGACGUCGGAGUACGCAGCAACCAGGAAGCAGUUUAACAAAAGCCUGAGUGAAUUUGGUCUGAUUCAGGAGAAGUUUGCUGUCAUGUCCCUGAAUGCGUUUAUUAUGGAGAGCAUGGCGUACCUGACCGCGGGGAUGAUGGACAGGCCCGGGCUUCCAGACUGCUCUCUAGAGGCUGCAAUGGUCAAGGUGUUCAGCUCAGAGCGGGCGUGGAUUUGUGUCAGUGAAGCUCUCCAGGUCCUCGGAGGUCUGGGUUAUACCAAGAAUUACCCGUAUGAGCGCUAUCUCAGGGACUGUCGCAUUCUGCCCAUCUUUGAGGGCACCAAUGAAGUCCUGAGGAUGUACAUCGCUCUCACUGGAAUGCAGUAUGCUGGCAAAAUUACCACAUGGAAAAUCAAUGAAAUUAAGAAAGGAAACGUAGGUCUGGCUAUCAGCAUGUUAGUCAAGAGAAUGAUGAACAAGUUUUCGAGUUCGGUAGACCUUGGUCUGACAGGAAAAGAUGGCGUGGUACAUCCCAGCAUGACAGAAAGUGCAAAGAUGUUGGAGCUGAAUGUCACUCAUUUUGGAUGGACUGUGGAGACCCUGUUGUACAGAUUUGGAAAGACGAUAGUGGACGAACAGAUCGCCCUUAAGAGAGUAGCAGAUGUGCUCAUCAACCUCUAUGCCAUGACAGCUGUCCUGUCCAGAGCCAGCCGCUCCAUCACCAUCGGCCUCAAGAAUAAUGACCACGAGAUAUUGCUCACAAACACGUUCUGCAGCGAGGCUUUCUUCAAGAACAAUUACAUGAUUCAUCAGUUGCAGACACACACUCCCGGCAACAGCGAUGCCAACAUCAAGAAGAUUGCAGCAGAGGUGUUGCAGGACAGAUCCUACAUCUGCGCUCAUCCUCUUGAAGGAAUAUACUGAACUCUCUCCAGUGACCACAACACCACCAGUGUGUCUCUUGUUUCAACAGACGAUCCGCAGUCCUAGGGAAUUACUGUACAUUAACUGUUUUAGUCCCUAUUAUUUGAAGUUAUUUCAACAUUAAAUUAAGAGAUUUGUGUUCAUAUUUUCUUAUUAACAAUGGCCGGAAAUAUAAAACUUUAAAUCUAA